AUACGCAAUCGUUAAAAAACGUUAACAAUAAAUUUCAUUAAUUAAUUUAACGGAUUAUAAAGUUAAAAAGAAAAAAAUUAAAAGAAAAAUUAACAUAUGAAAGGAAAUAUAAAAAAUCUAAAGAAUUUUGUAGAUUUAAUGUUUAUAAAAAAAACCCGACGGCUUUUUAAAAAAUAUAUAUUUCAUUUCCCGACAAAACGGCACUGAUUAACCAACAUUCGCUAUUUAAAAUGUCUGAAAUGUAAUUGAAAAUGUCAAUUAAUUGUCAGUAAUUACAGACCAUUUGUUUGGCAAACAAGAAAUAAACAAAUUAAUUAAAAUUUAUAGCUUUUUAACAAGAGAGAAAAAAAAUAUUAAAACAUGCAAAUUAUUAUGGCAAUAAAUUAAGUAUUAAUUACCAGCAAAAGUUUCAAAUAGUCCACAAAACACACUUAAUAAGUCUUAGAAAAAUUCAAAAAAAAAAAAAAAAAAAUUUGAAAAAAAUUCUAAAACAAUUUUUUUUUGUUCUACACAACAGCCUGCUGUCAGCACAAGUGUCAAAUUUAUUUAUAUCAUGUUCUAAAAAAAAUAAAAUAAAACAAAAAAUCUAAAAAAUUAAAAUAAUAAAUAAACAAAAUGUUGUUAAUAAAUUUUAAAAUAUUUCCAACAAAUUUUAUAAAAAAUAAGUAAAAUUUAAAAAGAAAAUAAUUUUCUAAAUAAAAUGUUUCAUAUUUUACUAGAAAUUUUUGUAAAAAAGUGAAAUUAUUAUAAUUAAAAAAAAUACUUAUUUUUUCUAAAUCCUGUUCCAUUUAAACACGGUUAAAUAUUAUACUUCAUAAUAUACUAUGUUGUAUAAUGUACCGUGUUAUCAAAAUUAUUCAACACUGGAUUACUACAAGGUUAAACGUCCCAAAACAGAGCAUACGGAUACAAAUGAUAGAAAUCGUCUCUGCUCUCAAGCAAACGCUCAAACAUCAUCAUCAAUAAUAUCACAUCAAAACUCGGCUGCUGCUCAUCUUUCUCAUUUACAGGCUCCGUUACUGGGCUCUUCUUCUUCUUUAGUGGCAGCCAGUCAAUGUAGUCCUUUAUCUCUGCCACCACAAACACAACCAUUACAACCCACCAUUACCUCGUUGGCUUCUCUAUCGUCGUAUCAUCAUUCUUUGCAAACCUCACCACAUCAUCAUACUCAUCACUCGCAACAUACUCUGCAAACUCAUACACACCACCAUCAGCAGCAGUCCACACCACAACAACAGCAGCAUUCGCAACAACAACAACAAUCCUCUUCUCAACAAUUAAACUCUUCCAGCUGUAGUCUUUCAAACUCCGCUUCUUCUGCAACAGCUAGUAAUAAUCUACCCUCUCUCUCCAAUACACAAACCUCUCAAUUUGCUCACACUGCUGGCAGUAGUAGUUUUUCAACAUAUCAGCAACAACAACAACAACAACAGCAGCAGCCGCACUCUUCUAACAGCUCUUCUAAUACCUCGGCUGGUGCUGCUGCCGCUAAUGAGAAUUCCACCACUCUGUCGUCUUCGUCGACGUCUUCUGCGGCUGCCACAACGAAUGCUUUAACAUCUAGUGGCAUGUCCCACUGGUUAACAGCCGAUCAGUCUGCUACACAGUUGCCUUCGGUAAAGUCAGAAAAUCGUUCGCCCGGCCUAACACAAACGCAUACGCAAUCUUCCGCAUCGCAACAACAUUUACAAGGCGAUCAUUCGUCAUUGCAUACGGCUGCUAGUUUAAGUAGUCAUUUGGAUAACGGUAAUCCGAAUACGAGUUCUAAUCUUUAUAGCUGUUCUUCGGUUUCUAAUACGGCUUCUGGUUUAGCUGGCUUGGAUUCACCCAGCAACUCUUUAAGUUCCUCUUCUAUGGCGGCCGUUAAUUCAACAGCAGCUGCUGCUGCCGCCGCCGUGGCCUAUGACUCUAAGCAUGAUUAUUAUAACUACUACAACAGCAUGCAGCAGUAUACGCCACCGUUUUAUUCCACCUAUGGUACACCCUUUACCACGGCCAGCGCCAGAGCUCCCACUAAAAUAGAGCCUACGUCACCCUAUUUGACAUCUUCGUAUGCCUCCUCUAAUAAUAAUGCUUCACAGCUUUAUCCUACCGCCUAUGGCUAUAAUAACUUCGCGCAAUUUGGUUCUGCAACGGCGGCCGCUCAACAGGAUUAUACUUCUUAUUAUAAUGAUCAAUAUGGCAACUAUUAUAAUCCCGCCAAUUAUUCACCCUAUGCCGUUAGCUCGCCUAGUUCCAGUGCCAGUCAUGGUUUUCAUGUAGCCGCCUCUAAUCUCUCCGAAAGUCCCACAGAUACACACUCUACCACACCCAUACUGCAUAACACCCAUUCGCCUCAUUCACCGCUACCGAUCUCGCCCAAUAACAACCUGAAUGCCACGGCCAAUGUGGGCUCGGCUAAUACCUCAGCUUCUCUACCAAAAACCACACCCACCGGUAAGACGGGCAGAUCAAGAGGUCGUCGCCAUCAGCAACCUAGUCCCACGCGCAGCACCACCUCCGAUACACCCAACAGUGAGGCGGUUAAACCUCCAGAACGUGUUUUUAUCUGGGAUUUAGAUGAGACCAUUAUUAUUUUCCAUACUCUGUUAUCGGGUUCAUUUGCCAGCCGUUAUACCAAAGAUCAUAGUGCUUUAAUGACCAUUGCAUUUAGAAUGGAAGAAAUGGUUUUCAAUUUAGCCGAUACCCAUUUCUUCUUUAACGAAAUCGAGGAAUGUGAUCAAGUGCAUAUAGAUGAUGUUUCUUCGGAUGAUAACGGUCAGGACUUGAGUACGUAUAACUUUGCCACAGAUGGUUUUCAUACGGGUGCUCCACCCGGAGCUCCUCCCAAUUUGUGUCUGCCUACUGGUGUACGCGGUGGAGUGGAUUGGAUGCGUAAAUUAGCUUUUAGAUAUCGCAAAAUCAAGGAGAUUUACAAUACUUAUCGGGGAAAUGUCGGCGGUUUAUUGGGUCCUGCGAAACGCGAUGCUUGGCUACAGAUCCGUCAAGAUAUAGAAAUGGCUACCGAUAACUGGGCCUCUUUGGCUAAAUGUUUAAAUAUGAUUGCUCAACGUGAAAAUUGUGUUAAUGUGCUGGUAACCUCUACUCAGCUGGCACCAGCUCUGGCCAAAGUUUUACUCUUUGGUCUAGGAGGCAUUUUUAAUAUAGAAAAUAUCUAUUCUGCUCAUAAAAUAGGACAAGAAACCUGUUAUGAGCGCAUUGUUACCAGAUUUGGUCGUAAAAGCACUUAUGUGGUAGUGGGUGAUGGCGCCGAAGAGGAAUCAGCGGCCAAGGCCAUGAACUUUCCGUUUUGGCGAAUUUCUUCUCACAGUGAUAUAAGAGCUUUAUAUACCGCCUUGGAUAUGGGUUUCUUAUGA